AUGUCUACAGAGCAAAUCUAUGUGAAUGCGUACAAUCAUCAAACUCCUCAACAACAUGCAAUGAUGAUGAAUAAUGCAAAUGGUUAUCCUCAACAAGUCAAGAGUCCAUCACAUCAAAUGGAGCAGCCAGGAAUUUACAAUCCUCCUCAAAUGAUGAUGAAUACUUCAUUAGCAAAUAAUUCACAACACUCGGUGAGCCUUAUUGAUCAGAUAUUCGGACCCAAUUCCAAAGCAAAGGUGAAGCAAAGAAUAGAACCAUUUGAAUUAUUAACUGGAUUCGAGACUGAGAAUAAGUAUGAUAUAAAUUUUGACAAUGGAUAUAUGGCUGUCGCUUUGGAAGAAUCAGAUUGUUGUGCUAGACAAUAUUGUGGGCCAAAGAGACCUUUCAAGAUGCAUAUUGCUUUGAAACAAAACAAGCAAGAAUUUCUAACACUUGAUAGACCCUAUUGUCACUUCUUUCAUGAAGUUAAUGUGUAUGAUACAGCCACGAAUCAGGUUCUGGGACAAGUUGAAUUAAGGUUUACGUUAUUUUCAAGGGAGCUUAAUGUUUUUGAUCCGGAAGGAGUGAAAAUGUUUGAAAUUGUUUCAUCUUGUUGUGAAUGUUGGACCUUUCACAUUGAAAAAGAUGGUGAACGAGUGGGUAAGAUUAGCAAGAAGUGGAGUGGUUUUGUGAAGGAAGCAUUUACAGAUGCCGAUAACUUUGGAAUUGAAUUCCCAGACAGGGCAACUCCAAAGCAAAAAGCAGUCUUGUUGGGAGCUCUCUUCCUCAUUGACUUUCUAUACUUUGAAUCAAAUGAGGACAACAAUAAAAAUGAUCACUACUAA